AUGCAACACCGAUUCACCCACAAAACAAAUGUUAAUAACAAUGACACUUUAACAUGGUCGGGCUUUUAUAAAAAGCCUUUGCAAGAACCACCAUUAUCACCAUCAUCCACCUCUUCUUCAGUAUACGCAACACCUAAUACUUCGCCUUGUACUUCACCCAUUAGUUUAAAUUUUACAAAUAAUAAUAAAGAAGUCAAUUAUUUAGUCAACAAAUUGGAAUCUUUAAAUGUUAACGAUAAUAAUUUUCCUAUCAACGGACUUGAUGAAAAUAUUGCUGAUAAUAUGAUUGAAAAUUGUUUGCCAGUUGGUUUAGCUCUUAAUUUUGUAAUCAAUGAUAAACCAAUAGUUAUACCUAUGUCAAUCGAAGAACCAUCAGUCAUUGCUGCUGUUUCUGGAGCUGCUAAAACAAUAUCCUCUUAUAAAGGUUUUACAGCAAUAGCUCCUGAAAGAAAUAUGAUAAUAGCUCAGGUUGCUCUUUUAGAUAUUCCUGAAGAUUCCAUGAACCUGUCAAUUAAAAAGUUAUUGGAUAAUAAAAUAGAAAUAAUUAAAUUUGCUAAUAAAUUUUGUGAAAAUAUGGUUGAAAGAGGUGGCGGAGUAUUAGAUAUCGAUGUUAGGAGAGUCCCACAUGUAUGUGAUGCCAUGGGAGCUAAUUGUGCAAGUAGCGUGGCUGAAGGUGUAGCACCAUUAUUGAGCGAGAUAACAGGUGGUAGAAUUGGUUUACGAAUAGUAAGCAAUUUAAAUGUGGAAAGAAUUGUUAAAGCAUCGUUUUCUAUACCAGUAUCAAUGCUUGCUUAUAAAGAUCUAUCAGGUGAAAAGGUAGCUAAUCAAAUGAUAGAGGCUUAUGAAUUUGCAGAAAUAGAUGAAUACCGUGCUACAACCCAUAAUAAAGGUAUUAUGAAUGGAAUUGAUGCUGUUGCCAUUGCUACUGGUCAAGAUUGGAGAGCCAUCGAAGCUGCUGCACACGUAUGGGCUUGUGAUAAUUCGAGAAACAACAACAACAAUAAAGAUGCUGAUGAUAAUGGCAAUGAUUAUAAUUAUUAUCGACCUUUAACAUCUUAUUGGAUCGAAAAAAAUGAAAAUGGCAAUGGUGAUGACCAAAAACAACAACAAUUAAUGUUUUGUGGUGAAUUGGAAAUGCCAAUAACUGUUGGAACUGCUGGCGGUGUCUUGAAAACUAACCCUGUCUAUUCAUAUAACCUUGGAAUUAUGGGAUAUCCUAAUACUAAAGAAUUAUCAAUGAUUAUGGCGUGUGUAGGACUUGCACAAAACUUUGCAGCUCUCAGAGCACUAUCAACUGAAGGAAUACAACGAGGCCAUAUGAGUUUACACGCAAAAAAUCUAGCUAUAGCAGCCGGUUGUCCAACUGAUACUGUCUCCAGUAUAUCACAACGUAUGAUUGAACAAGGACGUAUAUCUUUGUCAGCAGCUAGAGAACUUUUGGAAUUAUGUACAAUAGAAAAAGGAAAAAAUACAGAAAUGUCAGCCGAUAAUUUGGAUUUGCUGGAAAAAAUAAAUUAUCUUAAAAGUUUAAGAGCCAUUCGCGAACGUUCAAAUAAAAUUUAUCAAAAGGGCGAAACCAACAACCUUGAUCAUUUCCAUGUAAAUCUAUCAAAUAUCCAAGAGGUUAUUAAUGUAAUGGCCUCACUUAUUAAGCGUGAUUAUAAAAAUAUCAAUGAUAUUCCACCUCAUGGCCGUUGGCGUCAUUUUGAUGUUGGGGGACAUUCACGUAUUUGGACUCUGAUCAAUUCUUGGAAAGAUGAUUGUGAUACACUUGAAAUAACUCGGAGAAUUCUUGAUUUAUUUGUUGUGUCAGUUUUGUUAGAUGCUGGUGCUGGAAAUACUUGGUCUUAUAAGGAAAUUGGAUCCGGUGAAGUGUAUAAUAGAUCUGAAGGAUUAGCUAUCGCUUCAUUGGAUAUGUUUAAGUCUGGCAUUUUCUCUAGUCAAGAAAAUCAACCACAUCAAGUUAAUGCUGACAAACUGAUAAAUAUUAGUGUAAAUGAUGUUAGUAAAUCUUUCCAGGUUAAUGAUAAUAACCUUUUGGCAGGUCUUGAAGGUCGUUCUAAUUUGUUGGUUAGGUUGGGUCAUGCAUUGAAAAAUCAUCCUGAGUUUUUUAAAUUAAAUGAUAAUUUGCCACCAAGACCUGGAAAUUUAUUAGAUUAUCUUUUAUCAAAUUCGAUAAAACAAGAGAAUGAUAUUGUGGUAAAAAUUGAUACAUUAUGGUCAGUUAUUGUUGAUGGUUUUUCAGAUGUCUGGCCUCCAACAAGAACUUCAGUGGCAGGAAUUUCUCUUGGAGAUGUAUGGCCAUUUGAUGGUCUUAAAAAAACAUCAGAUGCACAUGUCGACGAUCCUACAGAAAACCUUAUUCCAUUUCACAAACUUUCGCAAUGGCUAACUUAUUCACUUAUGGAACCGAUCACUAAAAUAUAUGGUGUUAAAUUUGAGGGAGUAGAACAUUUGACUGGAUUGCCAGAAUAUAGAAAUGGUGGUCUCUUUGUUGAUACUGGUGUUUUAACUCUCAAAUCAAUUGAUAUGGAUCGUGGUCUCGAUUACGCCAAAAAAUUUUCAAAAAAUGAUUUGGAGGUUGUUCCGAUGUUCGAAGCUGAUGAUUCUUUAGUGGUUGAAUGGCGUGCCAUGACAGUAAUUCUUUUAGAUAUAGUAGCACAGAGAAUUAGAGAUCACCUUGGUUUAUCUGAACAACAACUCUCAUUAGCUCAAGUACUUGAGGCAGGGACAUGGAAAGCUGGAAGAGAACUUGCUGCUUCUUUACGUCCAAAGACACGUGGACCUCCUAUUGCUAUAAAAUCUGACGGAACAGUGUUUUAA